UGCAGCAAACGUUCCCAUCAGAUCGACCUGCAGCAGCAGCAGUGCAGCCUCAGCUCGUCCACGCACUGCCUGCCCUGCCAUCACUCUAACACUCACCUUUAACUGGAGGACACCUGGAGGACGGACUGCUGCCGCUGCGCACUGGACUUCUUCUUCACUUUUAGGAGUUUUAAAACUGAGGAACUUAAAUAAAAAACUGAGACUCCUGGAUGUCUUUUGGCUCGUGGGGAUUUUUUUUUUGUCUCCGUUCCCCCAAGGUGUCAUCACCUGGAUUGUGUCUCCUGAGACGUUCUUUAUUUGUGGACUGGAAAGUUUGAGAAAAGGACAUAAGUGAUUUUCUUUCUCUUACUUUAUCCUUUUUUUCCGUGUGGGACAGACAUUGCUGUGGGAAAGAAGAUGUUCUGCUCCAGGAGAGUCCUGCAGCAGUGGUGCUUCGCUCUGUUCCUGCUCUGCUCUCCGGUGCCGCACUAUGGGCGUCCGAUUGAUGCCCUGAGCAACAGAAUAAAGCGGUCUGUGACUCACGCCCAGCUGAUGCACGACAAAGGCCGGACGCUGCAGGAUUUCAAGCGUCGCAUGUGGCUGCAGGAGCUUUUGGAUGAAGUCCACACAGCAGAGAUUCGCGACCUCCCUCCCCGGACCACAGGAGGAGGCGGGAGCAGCAGCGGCGCCGGCGUCGGGCUGCCAGGGGUCAGCCUGGGCAUCAACCUGAGCACCACCGGCAGCACCCUGCACUCCAAACCCCCUGGAGGCACCAAGAACCUCCCCAUCAGCUUCAGGCUGGAGGAGGAGGAGGGCACCAACCUACCACAGGAGACCAACAAGUCUCAGACGUACAAGGAUGGCGUGCUGAAAACACCCGGCAGGAAGAAGAAGAAGGGGAGGUCCGGGAAGAGAAGGGAAGGAGAGAAGAGGAAGAGGAGGGCACGUUCGUUGGGGUGGAGGCUGGAGGACGAACUCGGGAGUGGACUCCACCUGGAGUGGAGGUCUCUGCUCGGCCUGCAGAGGGCGCUGCUUUAAAACGCUGUCAGUCUCUGACACAGAAACCUACGGACAGUCGGAGUGGACUCCUAAAUAUUCACGUUACAGUCUUCUGUAAUAGUGAUUGUUUGGAAAGAAAUUGGAAAAUAUUUAUUGUCUGUAAAUAUUCUAAAUAUAGCAGAAUAGAUAGCAGAAUAUGAUUAAAAAAAUUAUUUGAUGCUCUGUGAGGCAACAGAUUUUAAUCUUUGUGAAUCCUUGCUUUUUUUUUUCUUCUUUUUUUUAUUCCAAUUAUGUCAGAUUUUUUUGCGGUAAUUUAUUUUGUCUGAAUGGUGUAUUUAUUUUGUAAAUGUAUCGAGGUGCUGCUGACCUUCUAUAUUUUUGUACCAUAAUGCACUUUAGAUAUAUAAAUAUAAAUAUAUAUACCAUUAAUUUUGUUCAUUGACUUGUUUUUGUGGUUGAUUGAAAUGAAGAAGAAACGACGGUCGUCAUUCUGUGUUAUUGUUCAGUUUGAUUCUUGACCUCCCGCUCUGUUCAGGCAUCCAGUUUUUUGGUUUCUUUGCUGCUGGUUUUUCAGAUGUUUUCAGCUCUGAUCCAAACUGUUUGUUGUCUCACUUUUGUGUUGGACCCUCCUGCUGCCUUCAGUGUCUCUGUCUCCUCCACCACCCGCUCUGCUUCUCGAUGCCAAAGUUCAGAUUUGUACAUAAAACAAACACGGCUCGAUAUUGUUGUUUUGGCACUUGCACUGAGAUAAACACCCUGUACUGAACAGAUUAAACAUUUGACAGUAU